ACCACAUACCUCCUCUAGAUUCAUAGUCGUCGUCGUCGUCGUCAUUAUUUGUGCCUUGAACGUAAACAAAGUAAGCAGUGAUUUUGUGCUGUGUCUUGUGUCCAUUUUUGUCGAGAGGUGUCAAAAGCGCAUCCCGAUUUGCUCUCUCUGCUGAAUGUCCCGAUGGAUUCAGGACUGGGUAGCUCUUCGGUGGAGGAUGUGGCGUUGGCCGAAAGUCCUGCCGUCGUUCCGGAGCAAGAGCAACAACAGCAACAGCGCCUAAGCUGCUGUCAGACGGCCGAGGGUGGCGAUUGUGCGAAAUGCGGCGAAACUCGCUCGCUGGACGUCGGCCUGGUGGAGGAACUGAACUCGGUGUUCGAGCGACGUCUUCGGAUCGUGGAGGAACAUGGGAACGACAGUCACUUCAAGAUUGAACUGUAUGAAGACUGGGUCAAACAGUUGAGGCUGGUCAAUUUGGACUUGGUAGGAGCUAUAAAAGAAAUGCAGGACACCUGUCGCGAUCGCUUAGAGCUGAUGAGAGCCAACUAUAAGAAGAAUUUGGCGCGCCUUGGACCGCAGACGCUGCAGCGUUUGGAAAAUGACAGGAGCAGCCUAGUGGAGGUGAUACGCAGAGCUUGCAGCACCGGCAAGUGGGACAUGAGCGGAAUAAAACUCUACGACAUUACUUUGGAUCAGCUAUUUGGUGAGAAGGCUGACGUUGGCGGUCAGGCUCCAACUGGUACCGUUAGUUCUGAGGUACCCACAAUCUCAGUGAAUCUAGAAGUUUCAUCGAAUUGUCAGUUAGAAAAUCCGCAAAUGGAUGAUUUGCAGCGUCAACUGGAGAUGAAAGAAAGGCAAAUAAAACACCUAGAGCAAUUACUCCAGGAACAUCUACCUUCGUUGGGUAGCAGUGCCAAUGAAACAGAUCCAGAUCUUCGCUUCGAAGGAUGUGACAUUGCUAAUCAACCUUUGCUCCAGAAAUUAAGGCAAAUGAUCGAACGGAAGGAUCAAGAGAUCAAAAGUCUGAAGGAUAAAAUUGAAGAAAUGGAUAUAUUUUCACAGUUUGAUUCCGAUGUGUCGAAAUCGUUGAGCGAGUUCAAGCUGGAGGAUUCAGAUGCAUCAAACAGAAAACUGCUGCAGCAGUUGCAGAAUUUAUCGCGCGUUAAAUCCGAACAGCUGGAUACCGUUGUCGAGGAAAAUGAGAAACUUCGGAGGGAAAACGGGGAGUUGAAAUCCAAAUUCAAUCAACAGUCAAAUCGCGAUAACGAGUCAUUGAUCAAUGAAAUCAAAGAUCAUUACGAUAAAAAUUGUCGACUGCAGCAAAAGCUCAAUGAUGUCGAACGGUUGCUACGGGAUGCCACUUCCGCGGUAACCCAUCGGAAAAAAGUGAUCGACACCUUACGGCGGGAUAAUGCGGAACUGAAAAAGUCCCUCACAAUAUCAUCGGACCCUAUACUUCUACGCUCGGUUUCGAACCCUAGCAUGGAUACCGUAUCCACGUGUUCGUCCGAGUCGGUUACCUCAUUCGGUAGUGUCCGUUCGGAUUCAUCUUCAAACACCAUAACGUCCAAAUCGCAUCCGGAUCGGUUGAGUUCGGUCGGUACAGAACCACCAGAAACGGACCAACUUCAACGACUUCGAGCUGAAUUGGGUACCGUUAGCGAACAGUUACGAAAGUUCCAACAGACUAAGCAAGCCCAGGAUGAUAUCAUUGCCGAGCAAAACGCCCGAUUCGAUGCAACUGAAUCCGAACUGAAAGUUCUGCGCAAGGAUUAUGAAAACAAUCAGCGAAAAUUGUUUCACAUGCAAACGGAGAUCAAGAGACUGAUUACCGAAAUCAACAAUAACUUAAAAGAACAUCCAAAGCUACCGAGCAGUAUAGAGAAGUUUAUUACCCAACCAGAAUUAUAUGAUACCAAUCUUGGACGAGCCCAGGAAACGCUUGUCCUUGAUUUGCUCAAACAGUACUUGGACGCAAUUGUGAAAAGAUACAAUAUUAUCACGAAGGAACGGCACGAUUUAUGUCGGGUAGUUGAUGAUGCUAAACAGCAAAUCAAUGAUCUACAGCAAGAAAAAGAGCACUGUGACUAUCAGAUCGCACAACUUACGUCCGAAUUGCGUGCAGCGAGCAGUCAAGUGUCGGUCGAUACCGAUGAGAAAGAGACUUCAAUCGAUUCCGACAUCAUGCCGGUGGAUAACGACAUACUACAAGCCAACGAGACUCUGAGCGCCCAACGGAUGCGAAUGCAAACCGUUCUUCGUGAUAUUUCAGCGGAAAUCGCCUAUCUGAUAGGAAAGAAUCUGUCAAGCGAUUCCAUAAGCACGCUUUCGGAGCUGGAUGCCACUCCGUUGCAUCUUUUGAUAGUCGAUCUGAAGAAGGAAAUCGAAUCCAAGGACCAAGUUCUGGCUGGACGUCAGCGGUAUAUCGACCAGCUUGAGCAAGAUGUACUAGUUCACCAGAAAGAGCUACAUCGGCUUAAAUUGUGCCAGGAAAGGGUGGAUGCCGAUCGAAUUGGAUGUGAGAAAAGGAUAACAAAUUUGCAACGGGCUUUGCAAGAUCACGAUGGUACGAUUUCGGCGCUCAAAGAGCAAAAUGUCGAACUCCAACAGCAUCUGGAAGAUAUGAAAGACACCCUGCAAACGUACAAAGAAAGCAUUCGGCGGUUGGGCGACGAGAAGGCAAACUUGGAGGAAGAGUGUAAAAAUCAGCUGAUCACCAUCUCCAACCUGCGCACUGCGCUGGAGGAAACCAAACGCAACGGCAGCUCAUCCGUAGCCAACCUACAGGAGGUUAUAGAAUCAUUACAUUCGGAAGUAACUUUACUCGGAGAGCAGUUGAACCAGUCGUUUCGAGAAAACCUUAGCAAAGACAACGAGUUGGAUCACUAUCGUGACUCGAACUUGCACCUGCGAUGUCAAAUUACCGACCUAACACGUGAUUUGAACGAUCUAAAGGAUAUCGCUAUGCUGGUGGAUGUCAGGCGGGAGCUUGAAGAACAGAAACAGCGGCAUCUGACGCAGAUCAAGAAUGAAAUGAACGGUUUGCAGUCGCAGAUGGUCGAGCUGAAGAACGAGAUCGAUUCCCGACAGCGCGACUGCAGCUAUUUGACCUACUUCCGGGAUAAGUGCGCAGAAUUGACUUUCGGUUUGAACAUUCAGGAAAUGGAACACCAACAGGAACUGCAACGGAUGCGGAGCGAUAUCGAAGCACUGAGUGCACAGCUGGUGGACAGCAACGAGACGAGCAUACAACAUGAGCAAUUGGUGCGGGAGUCAAACAGUUUACAGAACACGAUACUUGAGUUGAGCAAUCAGAAUGAAAUUCUCCAAAAAGCAAUUCUGUCCUAUCAGGAUGAGGUGGAGCAAUUGCAACAGGAACUCAGUGCAUCAAAAUUUCAGUUUACAAAUCUAAACCAAGAGUUGGAAAACUUAAAAACCUUAUGCAGUGAGAAAGAUAGCAAAAUCAUAAGUAUAAACUCCGAGAGGGAGAAACUACAGGGUGAUCUGAAUUUGCACAAACGUAUGUGUAAGUGUGGGUUCAACACAAAUCUAAAGGAAAGGUCGAAAACACCGGUAUCACAUUCACUGCAGAAGCAGGUUGUACAGAAAACGUUGGAAGCAACGAAGGCAUCCGAUGCGUUGAAACAACGGACAGCGGACUUUAAGAGACUGGAGAAUCAGUACGUGGAGGAGAGGAUUCGGCUAACUGAACAAACGACAGAGCUGUUCACUCAGAUUGGAAAGCUGAAAGGCCAAAAUUCGAACCUAGAGCAGAGCCUUUUCGACAAGGAACAAAUGAUUGACCGGCUGCGACAGAGCCUGCAGGAGGUUAGGGAGAAUCUAGUGGCCAAAUCCCAAAUUGCCCAAACCAUGGAAGCCAAAAAUGCCAGUCUAUCCCAGGCGUGGGAAAAGUACAGAGAAGAUUCCACUGCCCGUGAGAAGAAGCUUGCCGAAGAGCUCAACACCAUCAAGCGCAACUCGCAGAAACAGCGAAACCAGCUGCAGCAGUGUGAACAUCAGCUUGCGUGGCACCGAGAAGAGUUGGAAAAACUACGAGGGAAGGCCGAAAUUUUACUCAAAGAAAGGGACACACUAAGGCAGGACACGGAAGAUUUGGGAAAUAAACUGUCCAGUUUUGCAGGAGAGAAAAGUGCGUUAUGCGAAGUACUGAAGAAACUUCAGGAUGACUUGUCGCUCAAGACUGGACGAUUAGCGGAAGUUGAAGACAACUAUCGCAAGCUAAAUCACGCCUACCAAAAUUUGAAGACGUACAACGAGGAUCUCACAAAGCAGUAUCAAACUGCGCGGAAACAUUUGGAAAACUACAAAGAGCUGGUAGAGUUCAAGCGUCAAACAAUAAAUACGGUGAAGUUAGCACGGAAAUGCGCUGAAGAAUCACGGCAGCGGGAGCGAGACUACGAGCAAAAGGUUGCCGACCAGAAACGAAUCAUCGGCCAUCUGGAGGAGGACCGCGUGAAGCUGAUGGAGAAGAUGCAAGAUUACCAUCGGGACUCGUUGAUUCUGAACCGGCGGCUGGAACACUAUCAGCAAGCAUACGAUGACAGUCGAAGCAGCUUAAGCACCUCACUCCAUCAGACGUUCUAUCCGUCGGAGGCAAACAAGUUGAUUCGAUCCAGUAGCGAUCCCAAUUGCAAGGAGAGUGAUGAACUGCUUCGGAGGUUACAAUACACCAAAGAUCGAAUACAUCGUACUAGAGAAUUUUGGUAUCAAGGGAUCAAAGAGAUACUGCCACCAAGGGAUGGGUCUUAGGACGAUGGUUUUCCCCUUUAGAAAAAUACUUUGGGACCGUACUAUUUCAAACUUUCAACCGCAUUUGUAGAAAUUAGUUGAAGUCGAUUUUUCGAUAAACAUCCGUACAAUUUGUAUUAUAUUUU